CUUGGGAAAACGGCGGCUUGUUCAUUGUUCUUUCUUUCGUUCAUUAUCCACAAUACCCAUUUUUCAUUUUGGCGCUUCCACGAUCGUCACGACCAGGUCAUCCGACGCGCUCUAGCACACUUGUGGGGAAAUCGGCGAAACGGUCAUCAAACAACACAUCCAUCAGGAAAGGUCGAGAAAAAAAAAUAUCUAUCGGCCGGACAGCCACAGAUAGACACUGCCCCCACUCCCUAUCCGUGUUCUAUCAUUUCUUCGGCGGGACAAGUCCCCUACGCGACGGCCUGCGGGACACGAUCACGCAACAACACGAGCGGCCGAGAGGGACUGGAUUCCCUCGACACGGUCCAGGAAAGAAGAUUAGGAAACACGAGUGAAACUUGGGAACCGCGAGUGGAGGAUCAAAGUCUUUCCCAUACACGCCCAGAGACGGGCAUCCUUGGCAAACUCCUUGGAAAGGAGGACAGAUUCCGACAACGACGACGACGACGGGUAGUGCGCGAACGCGAUUGUUCAUUGCAUCUUGCGACGACAAAUCAAUACCUUUCCCCGCGAAGGCAUUGACGGCGCCCCACCGUCCCACAUAAGCCGCCUCUGCGAUCAGCAGUGUCCUUUGGAUAGAGCAGAGUCAGCUGGCGAAAGGGAUAGGAGAUAAAAAAGGUUUCGGCGGAAUACAAGGUGAGUGCAGAUGGUUCUGGAAGCGGGUGGCUCGGUUUCUUGAUAAGGGCCGGUUGUGAAGACUACCAUCUCGAUCUCCUUCUUCGUAUGCUUUCGCAUCUCGCCCGCGUUGAAGCUUGAGUUUGUCGGGGUGGGCGAGGUGGGCUACUAUCCCCACGGCCCCCCAUGGGUUGCACUGCCCUGGCAAGGACCGCCCGUCCUUGCCACAGGAUCUACGAGAAGGGAUAUUCUACGAUCUCUACGAGGGGUUCCAGACCUCUGCUUCUGGGAUAUCUGUGUGGUGGCUGUCGCUGCGUCCUGUAUGCCCACAUGGCUGUGCGAAUGAACCUGAAGGGUCGCUGGUGUGUGUCGGUCGGUGUACUCAACAUGUCCAUUUCCCGCGUGAUUUAUUCCGUCCUGUCCCUUGUCCCUGCACUGUUCCAUGCGCUUCAUGUGGUAGAUGGCGCUGACUAUAUAAUCAAAGAGUCAUUCAACAAGACGCGACGCUCAUAUAGCAGAUGGUAUACGCAGACCCAAAGACACAGUCACCGCUUCCUUCCCCCACGCCAAAAGAGACCUCCGCUUGGCGUAAAGCACACUCUGCACCCACCCAUAUCGAAGACAUCACCGUCAACAUGGCCAGCAGUCCCCUCCCUACCAUGCCUCGCCGGGCAUCCUCCUCCAACUCUUCCACGCCUAGGAAGGGUCUCCCCAGCCUGUCCCGACAGUCGAGUGCCAACAGCUCACCCUCAAAGCCCUUGGAAGGCAUUCCUCGGAGGGCGUCUUACAACUCGCCACGGCCCUCUAUAUCGGGGUUGCCUUCAGAGAGUGGUUCCUUGGGCCUCAAGCUGCACGGCAGUCCGACACCGGGCAGGACGAGCCCGCCCAAGAGCAAUGGCGAGUCGUCGGUCCCCACCAUCAGCUUUGAUCCCAACUUUACUCCUUCACCACGCUCUUCUCCAGCCCGCAGCCCUCUGUCCCCUCCCGCUGCGUCGUCUCGGCCCAUGGCUAGGCGAAACUCGUCUGGGCACGUUCGGGGCUCUGCAUCCGCAUCCAUUCCCUUUCCUUCCUCUGCCUCAACUUCAGAGCUCCCGGCACCUCCAAUAGCAUCCCCAUCCUGGCGCCCGAGUACAAUCCGCAAAAAGUCGGGCGAGCUCGUCAAGCCGUCGCUCAAACUCCGGUCAAUGUCUACACCCGACCUCACGCGGCAGGCCGAACCGGAAAGCCCUAGCCCUCAUGCAUUCGGGGAAGAGCGCUCGAAGAGUGUCAGGUUUGCCGACUCGAGCGAGGGAGAUUCGAGCGCUUUGGAGAAUGUCGUGUUGUUCUUGAGGGAACAAAAGGUGACUGCCGUCGGAAAGGCCAUCGACCCCGACGCGCACAUGACAGAGACCGAGACGGAGGGGGAGACGGAUGCUUCGGAUUUUGUCCAGUUCCGCACGCGCAAAAAUGCGGCUGCCAAGGCAGCCGACGAGGCCAACCAGAUCCAGCUCGAUGGGGCGAGUCGAAUACCGCGAAAGAGGACGGAUUUCUCGCCGGAUGCUAGAGGCAGUCUGACGGGUGAAAAUGUCAUCUUGGAGAGAAUCGAACUGCAGACUGCGAAUGGACUGUCGUUGAGAGGAUCAGUCAUUGUGAGAAACUUGGCUUUUUCCAAGUGGGUCGCUGUGAGGUUCACUAUGGAUCAUUGGCAGACCGUGUCAGAAGUGUCUGGAACACAUGUCUGUCAUAUCCCUUCAGGAACUACGGGCGACGAAGGCUGGGACAGGUUCAGUUUUGCCAUUCGUCUGGAAGACUACAAGCGCAAGAUUGACGAGCGUCAGCUUAUCAUGUGUGUGCACUAUUCCGUCGAGGGCAAAGACUGGUGGGACUCGAACAAUGGCAUCAACUACAACUUUACGUUCAAGAAGUCUGCUUCCAGACGUGCAAGCCGUACGUCUGGUCCAGCCGCUUUGGGCGGUAGCUUUAUGCGGCUCAACGAGCCUUCCACCUCUCUUCCGGGUCUUCGCAAGAACACCGCUACGCAGCCCUCCCUUGGCAUCAAAAAAGUGUUUGGGAGCAGGCCUCCUUCUGGCCCCAACGACUGGGUCUUCCCCAAGUUGUCACAGCGUGUGCAAGAACCCUCGACUCGCCCCGACUCUCCCCUCCAAAGCCCUCCUCCGAAAGCAUACAAAGCCCCCGCUCCGCCUACCGUCCACACCCACCUCUCGCUCUCCAAAUACUGCGCCCCUUCCCCACCUCUCUCGCCCCCGACUGAGACGUUCCCAUCACACUCGGCAGUGGUACAAGAGGUUUCUAGGCGUGGAAGUAUGGGAGUCAUGGGUGGUGGGUAUGCCACGUUGGAGCCUCCUGUGCAUGAGAGAAGGAGUAGUUGGAAUGGGCAGGAGAGUAGCAAAACGUAUGAGGAGCCGCGCGAGAGCGCGAAUAAGGCGCUGGCGGCCAUGCAAUCGCCCGCUGUUGAGAUGCAAACGGAGUCGCCAGCGUCCCCCCACAAACCCUUGUCGGCCAAGCGGUCGGUGGGCGACCUUCGCUCGCUUGUACAAGAAGCAGAAAGCGAUAACGGCCUUAUGACGCCGCCUUCGUCCAACCUGUCUUCCCCGCCUACGCCGAGGUCGGACUUGCCGCCAGAGCUCACCUCUUCUUCAACGGGAGAUUCGUCGUCGAUGAAUACCUCGACCGAAUCUACACCGGACGUGGCAAGCAUGGCCAUCGAUAUUGGGCCUGAAGCGGAGCCAAGUCAUCCCAAGGAUCACAAGGUGUUCUCUACGGGCAGCUACCAGGAAUUCCUUGAUAAAUUCUGCUUCUUCCAGUCCCCGCGCGCCACACCCAGUGAACUCGCUCCCAGCAACCGUCCCUCUUACAUUCCCCUCAGCGGAAAUCAAUCUCCCAACGGUUUCCCCUUCUUCCACCCGAACGCCUCUCAAUCGCCGCGUACCACCCCCACGCCCACAGCGCACUACGCUACGGCUCAGGAGGCGUUCGGCUUUAGGCCUGUGUCCCAGGAUUCGACGCCGACCAAGCGCGAUGAUCUCAGCCCCAUGGCCCAUCCCCAGCCGGUGGACGCUACAUUGCUCACUGGCUACCAUGCCAACCCUGCUGAUACUAUGGCUUGGGCGCAGAUAUACGGCAACAAUACGUCGCCUUCUUUGGCUGCUGCCAUCUAGAGCUCAGCCUCUUUCCUUAUUAUCCCUGGACCCCUGAUUUACGGGUGUCUUUGUCUUAUAAUUUUGUGUUUUCAUGUUGACCUGUAACAUCAUUCUUCUCCUUUCCUUGCAUGUUCUCUUUCUUUCAACACUGCAUCGCUUUACCACCCGGAUUUCUCGUAUAGCCUCGAGCUUUAUCUGCUCAAACAUUGCUCGAUUUAUCCAUCACAGUCUGGAACAUGCUAUUUAUGUAGCUAACAUUUUCCUCAUACUCCUUUUACCUGUUCUUGUAAAUACAUGAUAAUUCUCUAGAUGGUUUUCUCAAUUUCAUAUCUAUGUUUCGAUAUCAAAGUAUCAUCGGAUUAGACUCCAAAGUUGGAAUGCAUCAUUUCCCGUC